UGAAAUAAAACAAUACAAAAUGGAACAGAGAGUGCUCAUCAGUCUAAGCAUUUUGCUUGUCGUUUCUUUUCUGAAUGGGAUCCAGGCUGAGGAGAAAUUGCCCGCCACCGAAGUCAAGCGCUGCUCGGGCAAUAAGCCCUUUCCGCUGGAAGUGCGUGUCGCUGGAUGUGUGGUCCCGCCGUGCAACAUUAUCAAGGGAACAACGCAAAUAUUUGAGAUAGAUUUUGCUGUCGACAAGUAUAUAACGCAGCUGACAGCCCUUGUGAAGGCCACCACACUGGGCUUUAUAACAGUGCCCUACGAGCUGCCCCCAGAUGUAGCCGCCGUCUGUCCAAAUCUCAUGUAUGGUGCUUACUGUCCGUUGUAUCCCACCGAGGAUGUUACCUAUUUGUUUAAGUUCCCAAUUGGUGAUUAUCCCGAGGUUGGUGUCAAAAUUGAAAUCUAUUUGGUGGAUCAGGAUAAAGAUAUAGCCACCUGCUUUGUCUGCGAUAUUAAAGUGAAGAAAGGCCCAGGCAGCACUCGCUACGAGCUCAACUAUCUGAACUAAAGAAUUAUUUUAUAUUAAACCCAUUUAUAUAUCGGCAUAUUAA